CAUUGUGCAGUUCACGUGUAUUUCCAAAACAACAAAUUGUAAUCAAAGUGGUUCUCAGUUUUCUUGUUAUUUUAGCUUAAAUUCGAGAAUUUUUGAAUAUUGAGGGUGUAAAAUAUGAAGAAGUCUGCUCAAUUAACACAGGAACAAUUGAAAAAUUCACUGUCCUCAAAGCAGAGCAAAGUAAAAUUGAAGAAUGUACUGGCCAAUCCGUAUCCCAAAUAUUGGCCACUUUUACCCAAUAAUUCCAUCCCGGCAUUCACGAAUAUAUUGAGAAAUAUCCUAUCCGGGAACAAGUCUGAGGAUGCAGAUAAGAGACUUAUUAUCAAUCGGAAUUUUAUGGUGUACGGUCUGACUGAAGUUCACAGGAGUUUGAAGGCAGGAAAAGUGGAUUCAGUGAUCUUUUCCGCAAGUAUUGAACCAAAGUUUGUUGUCAAUCAGAUAAUACAGCUGGCUUUUACCAAGAAAAAGGAUGUGAAAGUCCUUUGUGUGGAGAAAUUGGAGGAUAUCUUGAAAGAUGUUGGGAUUACUUCUACAACUCUUGGCCUGGCCAAUCAGUCAGGAACGAAUGCCUUUAGUCCGUUGCAUCAAUUCAUUUCUGAGGAAUCUGACAAAAUCCCAAUACCUGAACUUUUAUUGCAAGAUCCUCCUCCUGAAAAAGAACCUGAGAAAAAGAGAGAAAAGCCGAAACCUCUUUUGAGCUCCGAUUUUGAUCCAAAAUCUCUGUACUUGUGUAAGAAUUCCUAUUCCAAGGAACGAGUUUAUGUGCCUUCUGGACGAGAAAAGUCUCCUGAAGUCCCUCAAAAGAAACCAUCUCCAAUAGAAUCCGAGGAAGAAGCUACUUCGUCGACAGAGCAGGAAGCUCCGGAAAAUCCCGGAACAUCUGACACUGAAGCUCCACUGACAAUGGCAAGUAGUCUUACUAAACUCUCCAUCUCGUCCAAAACCAUUCAGAAAACAAAACGAAAGGGUUCGAAGAAAAUUCAAAAGACAACUUACUACCCUCUGAUCAUCAAGCGAAUCCAGCCCAAUCCCAAGAGGCAGGAAAAAAAGAAAUUAAAGAAGAAGAAAUAAAGGUGGAUUUAUUGAAA